CUGACAGCAUCGAGCAUCGGUGAUAGUGGGAUGGAGGGAGUAUGAAAAUGUUUUGAAAUGUAGAUGUGUUAUGUGCUGUAGUAUGUGUAUUGUAACAAAUGUGUAAUGCUGGGGAAACCAUGGAACGUGCUAAUAAUUAUAUGUGUUAUCUCGAGAAUAGAUUUGUACUUCUUGGAGAGUUUACGACAGCAGAACUAUAAUGUAUCUUCGAGGGCUAACCACACACGGUGUUCUCACUGUAAAUCAACAAAAACAGUGCUUUAGCUGGAGACAAGAGAAGAGAUAAAAUGAGAUCAUUCGUACAAUGCCGAGGCCAAUUCUGAUGCGGCAGUUAGUGAUCAUUUGCCACUAUGAAGAAGCGAUCUGCAAUUCAUUUAAUCUUAUUUGCUGCAUUAGUUUUGCUUGCAGCCCAGUUAAGCCUUCUUGCAAUACUAUUAUAUCCACACAGUAAAAGGAAGACAGACUACAGCAGAGACAUUCAGAUUAUUUCUAAUAUUACAGCACAGUUGCAAUUGCAGCUUAUCAUCAUUGAUAAAAUAAUUCUAGAUAAUAUCAGUGGCAGUAAGAAGUCUUCAGAUACUGGAUGCACAUGGUGUACCGAAGAUAGGAUUGUAUCUUUUGCAACACUGUUUAGAGAACUGAAGAACAUCGAAGUUUUGGUUAGAAGGGCUGAAGAUGAAGGUUUCAAGACAGUUGUAUUUCACAAUGUGCAUCCAGUAGAGAAACUGCCGACUGGCGAUUCUGACAUCCCAGUGUGCGUUUUCUUGAAGCACAAGGUGUUGAUCCAGUUAGUUUUAUUCCAUGACCGUGAAGCAAAUUUUUGGUGGCACGGGAGUAUUCACAGUGACCCAGAUGCUCUUCAUCAAUUGUUUAGUCUUGGAGUCAACGAAGGCUUUAGUUUUAUGAAUCAUGAAGGUGCUUAUGACAAAUUUGUGACGGAAAAACUUGACUUACAUGGUACUGCAUUCUACGUGCCAAAGAAUAUUCCAGACUUUCUACAUGAUUCAUUAAACUCUCGUUUUAUUGAAUGCAGACAUCAAAGUGCUCAUCAGUUUUAUCAGAAGUAUGGAAAAGAUAAAUCACACGAGGCCUUGAGAUUUUCACAUAGAGCAUGGAAGCUUUUAUCGCGAACUAAAACAAUACUUGAUUCAAUAGGAGUUAGAUUUUGGCUGAGCAGUGGUACAUGUCUUGGCUACCUUCGACAAUGUGAUAUAAUACCAUAUGGCAGGGAUGUGGAUAUUGGAAUAUUUAUCACAGAUUACAAUGAAAAGAUUGUAACAGAGUUUCUGUCCCACGGUUUUACUCUCAAGCAUUGGUUUGGAAAGAUUAAUGACAGUCUUGAAAUAUCAUUUAAAACUGGAGAUAUCAAAUUAGAUAUUUUCUUUUUCUACGAGGAAGAGUAUUGGGUUUGGAAUGGUGGGACACAAGCAAAAACUGGAAAGAAGUUCAAAUAUAUUUUUCCACGAUUUACUCUCUGCUGGACAGAAUUUCUGGAACUUAAAGUUCGUGUACCUUGUGAAACAGAAACGUAUAUUGAAGCUAACUAUGGUAAGAACUGGCGCAUUCCUGUAGUUCAUUGGGACUGGAAGAGCAGCCCUCCAAAUGUUAGGGAGAAUGGUGUGUGGCCAGUACAGGAGUGGCAGCAUGUGAUUCAGGUGUAUGAUUAAACAUCUCCGAGUGGGCCGAGUAGGCCGAGUGGGACUAAAUGCCUGAAAGGCAGUAUUGUUAUUUUCUGAAGGUGCUUAUUUGAGAAGUUAUAUCUAUUCAAUAAAAGCCUUUAUGCUUUUCUGGAAAAAGCAAAAAAGAACCAGAAGAAAUGUAAAUUUGUAACUGAGGUAUGUAACAAUGGAAAGUGAAGGUUGAAAUAUCAACAGUAUUAUGAAAAGGUCAGACUGCUACUCACUCUAAAUAUUACAUAUUGAGUUGGAGACAGGCACAGCUUCUUAUUGUCUGUAGUAGUCUAUCCUUUGCAUAAUAUUGUUAACCAAGGUAUUCAUAUUACUUACCCCAGAUGCAGCAUUUUUGCCAGACAGCAAAUUUAUCCCAUGUUUUUCACUAUAUAAUAAAAGUUCAAAAACCCUCACAUCAUAACUGGUAGUGGUAAUCCGCAUCAAGAAGUGAAUUCAGUCUGCUGGUGAUGGGCAGAUUGAUAGAUUCUAAUUCACAUAGCUAUUAGGUAAUACUUUUUCAUCACCUUGGCUUUUACUGAAUAGAUCUGCUGGACACCAGUUCUUUAAGAUUAUGUAUAUUUACACAGUAGAAUGAAAAUGAGUGCAUGGGCUUUUUCUGCUUGG